AUGUGGAGUUCCCAGAGUAGGUCCACCGCCAUCAGGAUAGGUGACCCCGGAUACGAUAUAUCAUCCAAAAAGCACGUGUCGUUUGACUCCGGGGACACCAAUAGAGUGAGAAGAAGUGUUACCUGCGCUGCCAUUCCCAGACAGUCCGGCCGUAAUGCGAGUCCGCCAUCCAUUUCGCGUACGUCAUCCAUGUCUUCCUCCAGAAGAGAUAUGUCACCACCGGUUGCAUCACAGGAACGGCUCUUAGGAAGCAAAUCGAGUCAACACAACAUCGCCACCACUUCCUCGUCGGCCACAACCCUCACCGCCACCGGUGACCACAAUGUGAAACCAGUGCACCAAUCGGUGUCUCCGUCCCUGUCAUACACGCCAUCCCUAUCCACGCCGUGUCGUAUAUUGCGACGCGUGAUCAUGAAGACCCAGGCCACUCAGACUGAGGCCCAGACACUCGUCAAGUCCCGUUCCGCCCGAUCCAUACCGGCCUAUCUCACACUCUCGCCCCGCGCUGCCAACCAGACUAUCGUACAGCGCCGUAGUUUCGACCUCCGAGUGCCCACCACUUCGCCCAUCUCUCUGUGCGAGUAUCACCAGAGGCUGAUCCUCAGACAGACCAGCAGUUGGUGCGAUAGCGAGGGUCAGUCGAUGUCAGCACUGCCGCCGCGGAAGUCGCGGUCAGUUCACGACUGCAUUACUAUCGAUACGACUAAUAGUCUGGAGUUUAACGACGAGAUAAUGGCUGUCUGUGUAGACAGGGAUGUGUUGGCAGGUUUGAUUCCGAUCGCAUCUCCUCCGCCCGGAUUCGGUGACAACAAUAACGAUGUCUUCGCCGAUGACUUCGGUACCAAUCGUUCAGAUGAUAAUAACAAAGAGUUAUCUGAGAUCUCGCCGAAGAAGUCGACCUCCGAGUCGAGUCACGUGGCGGUCGCCAACGAUGGCUCUGAUAUAAUAUCGUCGACCACAACAGACAUGGAUGACCUAUUGUCCAGCGCCGACAACUCAAAGGUGACAAUGAGUUCACCGACAGUGGUGUCUGAGUUGAACCAAUCCUUGACUUCCACUCCCCCUCUCAUCCAAACCUCUGGCGCCGAUUCAUCCGUCGAUUUACUGCCAUUGGAUUCGCCUAUUAGUCGCCUGAAGAAGCAAUUGAUGGAAACACUGAUAUCUCCCGACAGCGAGUCAUCC